ACGUCUCCUCCCACCAACCAUGCGAACUCCGCCCUAUGCCCCGCCCUCGCUGGGCGAUCAGGUGAUCUCAGGCCAGGGCUGUUAAGUGGCGGGGGCGCGCCCGCCUGUUGUAGUCAUGGCUGCCGCAGGCCCUAGUGUGGUAAGGCGAGUGGAGGAGCUCGGGGACCUGGCUCAGGCCCACAUACAGCAACUUAGCGAAGCUGCCGGUGAAGACGAUCACUUUUUAAUUCGGGCCUCUGCAGCACUAGAAAAAUUGAAACUCCUGUGUGGAGAAGAGAAAGAAUGUUCAAAUCCAUCAAAUCUUCUAGAACUUUACACACAGGCUAUUUUGGACAUGACAUAUUUUGAGGAGAACAAGCUAGUAGAUGAAGAUUUUCCUGAACAUACUUCUUCACACAAAGUAAAAGAGCUGAUCAGUUUUCUUUCAGAACCAGAAAUUUUAGUUAAGGAAAAUAGUAUGCAUCCAAAACACUGUGAUUUGCUUGGGGAAGAGCUACUGGAAUGUCUUUCUUGGAGGCGAGGAGCUCUACUAUAUAUGUAUUGUCAUUCUCUGACCAAAAGAAAAGAGUGGCUCUUGAGAAAAUCUACUUUGCUUAAAAAGUACCUUGUUGAUGGAAUCAGUUACUUGCUACAGAUGUUAAAUUAUCGAUGUCCUGUCCAGUUAAAUGAAGGAGUUUCUUUCCAAGACCUAGACACAGCUAAAUUACUGAGUGCAGGAAUAUUUAGUGACAUUCAUUUGCUGGCUAUGAUGUACAGUGGUGAAAUGUGUUACUGGGGAUGGAAGCAUUGUGCUGAUCAACAACCAGAAAAUUAUGAAGUGGAUACUGGUGUUUCUGGAGCAAGCUGCCCUACACACAAAGAACUCUUGGAUUUCCGAGAAGUAGGAGAAAAAAUUUUGAAGAAGUAUGUGUCUGUCUGUGAAGGACCCCUGAAAGAACAAGAGUGGAAUACAACAAAUGCAAAACAAAUUUUAAACUUCUUUCAACAACACUGUAACUAGUAAAAGUUCAUCUAGUUCAAACAAAAAAAACAGAAAGACACAGGGAAUGGAAAAACGUUCCAAAAAAGAAGGCAUUACACCGAAUUUGAGAACCUUACCCUGCUUCAAGGUAUCAGCAUGGGUACCCUUCUUUAAAUGCCAUCACGAUAUUUCAUUCUAUCUUCGUAAAUCUGUAAAGGACUGAUUCUAAAUGGCUUGUAUGUUAUUCUAACUACAUUCAAACUAUAGCUGUCCUGUCACUAAUAAUGAAGAGUAACCCAAUUUAGCUUUGCAAAGUUUUUUUCUAUUACUUUAGAUUAUUAUUAUUAUUUUUAUUAUUGUUGGGGAUUCAUUGAGGGUACAAUAAGCCAGGUUACAUUGAUUGCAAUUGUUAGGCAAAGUCCCUCUUGCAAUCAUGUCUUGCCCCCAUAAAGUGUGACACACACCAACCAAGGACUUUAGAUUAUUUUUUAUUGAGGUAAAUAUAUAUAACAUAAAAUUUAUAAUUUUAACCAUCUUUAGAUUAUUUUUAAUUUUCUUAUCUUGAAGUUUGCCAUGAAGAUUUUUCAAAGAUUAAAAUCAAGUCACCUCACUGCUUUGGAUAUAUACUAUAGAUAUAAAUGUAAGUGAAAUGGAAGGUUAUGACUAAUAUUCAGAUUCCAUUUCCAAUAAGGUAAAUAAUGAAAAUUCCACAAAGGAAUCAUUGUGUUCAAUUAUUUUGCCAUGUAUUACUAAUUGUUUUUAAAAAUUUUCUCUUUUAGGCAUUUUGUAAAAGUUUAAAAAUGGUUUUUCUAUUGUAUUUUUUAAAAAUGUAUGAUUCUGGGCAGCACCUGUGGCUCAGUCGGUAAGACGCCGGCCCCAUAUACCGAGGGUGGCGGGUUCAAACCCGGCCCCGGCUGAACUGCAAACCAAAAAAUAGCUGGGCGUUGUGGUGGUUGCCUGUAGUCCCAGCUACUCGGGAGGCUGAGGCAAGAGAAUCGCUUCAGCCCAGGAGUUGGAGGUUGCUGUGAGCUGUGUGAUGCCAUGGCACUCUACCGAGGGCGAUAAAGUGAGACUCUGUCUCUACAAAAAAAAAAAGUAUGAUUCCUCAACUUUCCUUAUUUGAAAAAAUGUAUGAUUCCUUAUCUUCUUUAUUUGAAAAUAAAAAUCAAGUUAGGUUAGUCCACCAUUAAUUAGUUCAGUUCAUAUGGUUUUAGGGUACAUCUUCUCAUACUGUAUUGAAAUUUUAACAUUUUUUGCUUGUAUUAAUAGGGGUGUUAAAGGCCUGAGAACUAACUUGAUACCUUGUUAAUGGUCUUCCUGUCUACCUCAACUCCUGUUGUUAUCUUGGGAUGAUUUUUCUGAUAUCUUGCUGAUAUCCUGGACUUCUGCCCCAGGGACUUUGUCACAUUCCAGCAAUUUACUCCCACGGCCACACCUUGAAUGUCACCAUGUUGAGUUUCUCUUUUUGAAAUCUUAAAUUUCGGUAACUGAUGACAACUCUUAACCUUUUCAGCUUUUUCACUUCCAUAUAUAUAUGCCCAUAUAUAUGCCUUCCAUAUAUAUAUAUGCCACUUCCAUAUAUAUAUGCCUAUGUAUAUAUAUGGAGGUAUAUAUAUAUAUAUGGAGGUAUAUAUACAUAAAUAAUAUAUAGGCAUAUAUAUAUGGAAGUAUAUAUAUAUAUUAUAUAUAUGUAUAUGUAUGUAUAAACAUUUAUAUAUUUUCUUUCUACAAUCUUUGGUUUCUUCACAGCCUCCUGUUCAUGAACUGUUCCCCUUACUCCUGAACUAUCAACUCCUUUCAGAUUUUCUUGCUUCCUUACCCACCCUCGGUUUUGUGGAGCAUUAUAUCAAUUGCUCUUACUAGUUGUCCAUCAGCCUCACCAUUCUGCAAGCCCUCAAUUGAAUUAAUCUUAUUUACUACCUUUUCUGGGUUGCUGAGUUCUGCCGGAAGGGCAUGCCAUCCUUCAAAGUGGAGUCACAAUAAGUGGCUUGUUUCAACUUUAAAAAAGCCCUCAGUGUAAGCCUUUUGUGAGUUACUGGGACAGCUUUUUUCUUUUCUCCCACUGUAGAUAAGCCAAACUUCCAUCACUUUCCUCAGGCCCUCUGCCCCUCCCCUAGCACAUGGCCCUUUCUUCUAUCCUACAUAAAAUUGAGACUAUUAGAGGGUCAACUUAUAUUUACCAACUUUACUCUUUUCCCCCUGCUUGAGAAGAAAAGAGGUUGCCUGUUUCCUAUGGAAGGCAAUCCUGCUACCCAUUUCAUCUCUGCUACCUCCCUUAUUUCCCCAGGGCAUCUCAGUUUUAGGUAUUGAUCUUAGUUAGAGUUCUGUCCUCCUCCUACUCCUUCAACAUUUUUUCUUAUUUCUAAAUCCUCUUAUGCAAUGUCAUUUCUAGCCAUAGUGGCUUCUUUUACCACCUGUAAUAUCAGACUAACUCACAAACCUGUUAAGUUGAAUCCCACUUCUCUCCUGCCCCAAAACCUUAUUUCAGACUGUCUGUGAAGUAUUUUCAUGUAGACAUCAGUAGUAAUUUUAAAUUCAGUAUAUCUAAAUGAGUCCUCAACAUUCAUAUAAAAUCCUUUCUCUUUCAUGUUUUCUCUUUGGAUUUUCCACAGAAAGUAGGGCAACACAGAAUACCUACCUUUCCAGUGUCAUCUCUGCAGUCAUCCUGGGUAAUCGUGUCCUAUAUAGUCCAGUGUCCCUGAAACAUUUAAAACCCAGACUCCUUUUAUAUAAUCAUAAAAAUUCUGAUAGCAUCUUUGGGGAAGGGGAGAAUCUCUCACCAUUUCUGCUCUAGCUCCUUAGCUUACUCUUAUCCAGCUAAGAUUUUUAUUUAAAUUGACAUUUAAUAAGUUUUAUUAUGAAAGUAUCUUAAAGUUUUUAAGUGUAAAGGUUAAAAUCAUUUUUUUUUUUUUUGUGGUUUUUGGCCAGGGCUGGAUUUGAACCCGCCACCUCCGGCAUAUGGGACCGGCGCCCUACUCCUUGAGCCACAGGCACCACCCUAAAAUCAUUUUUAAUAUGGUUUUUAGAACCACAGAAUACCCCCUCUAGAGCAUCAUGAUCAAUUAGUUGGGAGAACCUCCAGUUCCUUUCCCAAAUGUAUUUUGUGUUUUUUCAACCUCAUUACCCUUGUAGACAUUAUUAUUGCUGUGUCCUUCUAUGUAGCCAAGUGAAUACCCAUCUAUCUUUUAGGACUCAGCUUCAUAGUGAUAUUAUAUUAUAGGCUUUUUAAAAAAGACCUUUCCAGUCAAAAUUGGAUACUGUUGUGUUCUUUAACUCCAUGUUAUUACACUGAUUGCAUUGUUUUGCAAUUACUUUCCUUGCUAGUUAGUAAACUCUGUAUUUAAAAAAUGUUUCUGUAUAUAUAGUGCUUAAUGCAUAGUAGGCCCUUAGUAAUGUUUUAUGAAUUAAUGAGGCACGAUUCUAAGUGCCAAACUCUGCACAAAAAAUGGUUGCUGCUAUUGGAUUCCAGAUUUUCAUGCCCUCUAUACAAGUGGUUGACAAGGCAAAUAGGGAGAAGUAUUAAUUUAGAUUGCAAAAUCUAAUACUCAAGAAAAUUAAUUUAGAUUCUAAACCCAAGAAAGCAAGAGAACUUUCAGAAGUUGGGAACUUCCAUUUUGCCUUCAUAGCCCUUGUGGACCAGUUGGGCCUCACUAAAUGCUACAAUUACGAAGGUAUUACUGGGUGCUUUUUGCACAACUUAUGAUCCCUCACACAGUUGGAGAAUAAUUUGUAGACUGUAACAGUUACGGUGCUUUUUACUCUGGUAUAAAAUAAUGAACACUUUUUGUAUGUAUGUGUUAAAGCCUGCUAAGUAAAUUCUCUUUCAGUUAGAAUGAAGUAACCUCAAGUACCAAAUAUUCCCUGUAAGGAAAGUACUACAGAUCAUUCAUUCAACAACUAUUGUGCGCCUACUUCAUGUGCACAGUAGAUUUUGUAGAAACUCCCUUCUGUUUCAGAGCUUAUAUUCUAGUGGAGGAAGUUAGACAAAACAUUUUAAGGAACAAACAUAUAAUGUGUUAAGUGAUGGGUACUGUGUAGAAGAAUAAAACAGAGAACAGGGCUAGCGCGAUGUGGUGAAGGGUAGGAUGCUGUCUUAUUUAGGGUGGUUGGAAGGCACCUAUCACUGCUUUAGUGUUUGUGUCUUCAAAUUCCCGUCCCUUGAUUAAAUGCCUUGCAUUUCUGUACAUAAAGUUUCUCUUUCUUAUGGAAGUUCUGAUAUUGAAUUAAGGAAUGAAUCUCUAUUUAAGACCUUCUCUUUUUGGCUGUAUUUAAAGGGUUUCUCUCCUGUGUUGGCUUUGCUAAUGAGUGAUACCUAAAUGCCUUGUUGAUUUUUUUACAUUAUGGGUUUCUCCAGUUUGGAUUCUUUGAUCGUUACUAAAACUCAAAACCAUGUCUGAGGACUUUUCACAACCCUUAAAUUUGUAUAGUGCUUUCCUGCUAUGAAUUUUCUGAUGUUACCUAGCCCUUGAAACUGAGUUAAAGGCCUGUCUGCUUUACUGUAUUUAUAGAGUGUCUGACUAAUGUGAAUUAUUUGAUGCUGAUUAAGAUAUUAAUCAUGAGUAAAGACUUUUCCUAUUCCUUUGUAUACAGGAGAGUGAGAUGAGAGUCAUAGCUAAAACCCUACAAUAAAAUUACAUUCCCGGGCGGCGCCUGUGGCUCAGUGAGUAGGGUGCUGGCCCCAUAUGCCGAGGGUGGCGGGUUCAAACCCAGCCCCGGCCAAACUGCAACAACAACAAAAAAAAAUAGCUGGGCAUUGUGGCAGGUGCUUGUAGUCCCAGCUGCUUGGGAGGCUGAGGCAAGAGAAUUGCGUAAGUCCAAGAGUUAGAGGUUGCUGUGAGCCGUGUGACGCCACGGCACUCUACCCGAGGGCGGUACAGUGAGACUCUGUCUCUACAAAAAAAAAAAAAUAAAAUAAAAUCCAGCAUCCUGAAAAAAAAAAAAAAAA